AUGAUCCCUUCGAGUGCGAGUUCGACUUCAAGCCGCGCGAGUGACGACUGCCCAGGUCGUCCACCGCUCUCCCGCACCUCGCUGGCGCCUUCUGGUCUCGCGCCGCUGCCCUCCUCGGCUUCUUCGCAGCCGUCGCCAACGCAGGCGAAGUCUCAGCGCUCCUCGCUGUCGCGUGCGACAUCCCUCACCCAUGCCCCACGCGUUUCCAGGCUUCGGUCCACGUCUGGUGCGAGUGUCUGCGAAGUCGGUAAAAUGGCAUCAUUUCCUCCACACUCCUCCGUAAGCGCGGCUUCAGCCGUGGCCAGUCAGCCUGGUGCAGUGAAGGAGGGGACAGGAGUCUCGGAAGGGACUGGCGCGGGAAGGGCUCAGAGCCCAGCGACGCAUCUGGGCGUCCGACAGGCGCAAAGCGGGGGUUGCCCCUAG